UUCAUGAUCUCCGUGUUAAUGAUUAUAUAUUCUCUAAAAAUUAGGAUCGAAUUGUAUUUCAAAAAUUUAUUCAUUAAGGGGUCUGCAUUUCACCCCAUGCUAACCACGUCCUUAAAUAAUUACUUAUUCUUUUAAAACUAUGCCCAUGUGUGUUUUAAAAAGCGCUAGGUGGAGCCUACGCGGUCGGGGGUCCAUGCCGCCCAAUGCCCAGGCAGGCCCCAAUAACCUAGAUGGCCCAGUAGAAAGAAAAAUGUUCUCUAUAGUUUACCAGUUUAAGUAUAACUGUAUAACCCUCUAAUAGAUUUAUAAAACAUCCAAAACGAAAUCUAAUAUUAAUGAGUGAUGUUUAAAUCAAUUUCUACAUAACUUUGAGAAACCUUUCCAUUUUAUAGAAAUCACCAAAAACUAGUUUUAUUGGGGUUUUUCAUCAUUCUCUCUAAAAUAGGUUCUAACAGGUUUUGGGUUUCAAAUGUACCUAAAAACCACAAUUUUGCCACUUUAGUAUUAAAAACAUAUUCAAUUUGGCCGCCUAGGCCUAGGCGAUGCAUCCAGGUCUUGCAUUGCCUUGGCAUGCGCUAGGGAUAUCCCAUCUAAUUUGGCCGCCUAGGCCUAGGCGAUGCGCCCAGGCGUUCUGCACCGCCUUGGCGGCCGUCUAGGCUUUGAGUGGUCCACUUUUUAAAUCGCCGAUACCUGUACACAUUCUUUGACUUUCUAUAAAAAUGUCAUUUAUGAUUCUAUUAGAACAUCAUGGUACUAUUAUUAGAUUGUGGCACUAUUAUUAGUAUUGUAAUGGUCCUUGUGAAGGUCGAGAACCAUGACUCGUCACUGCAACAAUAGUACCAUCAUGGUCGUUUUAAGAUAUUGAACCAUCAUGGUACUAUUGGUACUGUAAUGGUCUACAAAAUAAAGUUAGUAAAAUUUUUCAAGUUACUCAUGUUCAUGGUUGGGAUCUAAAUGACGAGGAGUAUUUCAAUAAUUUAACCGAGUUAGGUAGCUCAAGCCAGAUUAUAAAAAUGCCACUGAUAUUUAGCUUGGGAAAUGGAACAGUCAAAUGAAUAAAAUACCCCUAGUCUAGAAUUAACAAGGCAGAACUAGGAUAUUUUUGUCAUUUGAUAGUUUCUUGUUCCCAACCCUAGACAACCAAAGAUAUUUUCAAAUUUUGGUUCAAGCCGUUUAAGUUGGCCAAAUUGCCAUAAUACACCUAAUUAUUCAUAGUUACCAGCCCUGACAAUGGUACUUUGGUAACUUUUAAACAAAAUUUUGAGAAUUUACCUUUAUGGAAUGGAACUUAAAAACUAAACAUUUCAAUAAAAAUGGGAUAUUUGGAGCCUUUUGUUGAUUUUAUAAGAUUAUUUGAGCCUUUCAAUGAUAUUUUCCUUGUUUUCCUAUCAAGGGGAUCAGAAACUAUGAAACUGUUUACCUUGGUUAACCUUUAUCAUUGUUCAUAAUCAGCCCUAUCCAUGAGAUUUUGAACUGGUUGAGGUGUAUAACUUCUCCACGUACACCUAAUUUCGUAUGUAAUGGCCAAGGACAAUAUGACCUUUCGUACAAAACGGUUGCUAGUGUUAUGCGAUACUUUCUCUUAAGUAAAAUAGGGGUCUUCAUUUCUUUUAUACUUUUUUGUAAUGGGCAUGAUCCAUAUGGUCAUCAAAGCUUCAUCAUAUAUAUUUUAUCACCAUUCCUUCAGUAGGUUGUAGGAUAAUGGAAGGACUGAGUCUACCACAAUAUUUAAUUAAAUGAACUAUUCAAUUACCUGAAUUAUGUGCUUGAUCCACUCAUUGGACUAUAAACCACAAGGUCAUGAUUAAUGUUAUUAGGAUUAAACGUGCUAGUAAACUAUUGAGAGGUUUGGUCUAGAUAAAAACGGUCCAACCACUAAGCAAACCAGAUAAACCUAAUUUAAAGAGGACUAAAAAGAAUAAUAUAUAAAUGUGCAACAAAAAUAAAUAUGAAACAUAUAUAAAAAUUAUUUCUUAACUUUGGUUAGCCGGUUGAAUCGAUGAAAAUCAGAUGAUCUUACCAGGUAAAACAUGUCAAAUAUUGACAAACUCUUGAUCAGACCAUGUUUUUGCUAUAAACCAACCUGGACAAGUCAACGAUUGAUAAUCUACUUGCUGGCCUGAUCCAAUCUUGAUAUCUAAAAUCGCAAUAGCUACUACGACUAUCUGGAUCAUAACAUAUUUACCCUAUAACAUCUUUGCAUGUAUUGAACUUCACAGUAGACUAUUGAGGGAGCUGUUUAUAUCCAUGCAAGGCACAAACAGGUACCACAAUAUAAGUUUUGUUUUUUACUUUUGUGGAAAGCUAAUGUGGUUUUCCUUAGGUAAUGGGGUUUGGAUGGGCGGGGAUGUUUCGGAAAUAUUUAGUGGAGCCGGCCGCUAUGUGGUGGCCUUAUAAUCUUGUCCAAGUCUCCAUAUUCGGAGCUUUGCAUGAGAAAGAAGAGAGACCAAAAGAAAGCCUGACACGAAACCAAUUCUUCCUCGUUGCUCUAAUUUGUAGCUUUGCUUACUAUGCUCUACCAGGCUACCUCUUUCCCAUGCUCACAUCUCUCUCUUGGAUCUGUUGGAUUUUCCCCAAGUCUGUGUUAGCACAUCAACUAGGCUCGGGCCUUCAUGGCUUGGGCCUAGGUGCCAUUGGGCUCGAUUGGUCUAGCAUUUCCUCUUACUUGGAUAGUCCACUAGCUAGCCCUUGGUUUGCAACUGCUAAUGUGGCUGCAGGUUUCUUUUUAUUCACAUAUGUUAUAGUGCCACUAGCCUAUUGGCUAGAUCUCUACAAUGCUAAGAGGUUUCCUAUAUUCUCUGAGAAGUUAUUUGCAUAUUCUGGGGGAGAGUAUAAUAUUACAGCCAUUGUCGACUCGAAUUUCAACAUUGAUUUGGAGGCAUAUGAGAAGGGAGGGAAGUUGUAUCUCAGCACAUUCUUUGUGCUAACAUAUGGCAUUGGUUUCGCUUCUCUCGCUGCAACUGUAGUUCAUGUGUUGCUCUUUCAUGGCCGGGAAAUAUUGCAAAUAAGCAAGACUACAUUCCAAGAGAAGACGAUGGAUAUUCAUACAAAACUCAUGACCAAGUAUGAGCAAGUCCCAGAAUGGUGGUUCAUUGUUACCCUUAUACUUAAUAUUGCGGCAGCCAUGUUUGCUUGCGAAUAUUACAAUGACCAGCUUCAGUUGCCGUGGUGGGGAGUCCUACUAGCCUGUGGCAUCUCUAUUUUCUUCACUCUUCCAAUUGGGAUCAUCACUGCAACUACUAAUCAAAAGCCUGGUCUAAACAUCAUCUCAGAGUAUGUCAUUGGAUAUCUAUAUCCUGGUCGACCAGUGGCGAACAUGUGCUUCAAGGUUUAUGGGUUUAUCAGUAUGAAGCAGGCUGUAACAUUCUUACAGGACUUCAAGCUUGGCCAUUACAUGAAGAUACCUCCAAGAACAAUGUUCAUGGCACAGAUAGUGGGAACCAUGAUCGCAGCUAUGGUCUACCUUGGAACUGCAUGGUGUCUCAUGAACUUGAUCCCCAACAUUUGCGAUACCUCAGUGCUCCCGUCUAAUAGCCCAUGGACUUGUCCUAUGGACCACGUCUUUUACGAUGCAUCUGUCAUUUGGGGACUACUCGGCCCACGUCGAAUAUUCGGGGACCUUGGUACAUAUUCUGCUAUCAAUUGGUGCUUCUUAGGUGGGGCUAUAGCUCCUUUUGUUAUGUGGCUAGCUCAUCAAGCCUUCCCUGACAAAGAGUGGAUUCGUCUCAUCAACAUGCCAGUCUUAAUAGGGGCGAUUAGCAUAAUGCCUCCUGCCACUACUGUGAAUUACACUAGUUGGAUAUUGAUGGGAUUUAUUUUCGGUUUUGUUGUUUACAGGUAUAAACGUGAUUGGUGGCAACGCCACAAUUACAUUCUUUCAGGUUCACUAGAUGCAGGGUUAGCCUUUAUGGGGGUGUUACUAUACUUGUGGUUAGGGCUUGAGGACAUUAGCCUUUAUUGGUGGGGUUCAGAGCUUGAUGGUUGUCCCUUGGCUUCUUGCCCUACAGCUAAAGGUGUAGUUGUUGAAGGCUGCCCUGUUUACUAGUUGUAUACAAAAUUGUGUUUUCUUAGGAAUGUGUUGUUUCUGUUUUCAUGAGGUGGACUAUGAAGGACGUGCAUUCUCAACAAAGAAAGAGACGUCUUGAGAGGGUGACUAAAGUGCACUUGAUUGUAAAGAAAAAAAAUGGAAAAUAAAAGUUGUAAUUCUUUGUGAUAAUGUAGAGGAGAACUGGUGAUUGUUUUGCCCUUUAAUCAUGGGGUUCUUGGUUUUUUUUAUCAGAAUUCUCAAGGAAAAGUCCAAUGAUCAGCUAUGGAAUUUCCCCUGUUAUAAGUUGUAAAAUUUUAUUGAGAUACUUUGGUAUGAUGGAAGAAAUGUUGAA